AUGGGCCCAUCUCAUGGUUUCGUGGUCGAAAGCUCAAUGCAACCGUACGGAAUCGUGGCUACCAACACCUUGCAGUCGUCCUCUAGUGCUUUGCAGCCGCCUUCAGCUGCUGGAAUUGCAGAACAGCCGCCACAUGACCCUGGGACCUCCACAGCCUUGCAGUUGCCAGCGCCGAUUACCGGAGCUACUCUGCCUCGCUGUCCUGCCGUCGGAUCACAGCAGCAGCCACACCACUCAACUACCGGAUUUGCUGCUCAGCCCCAUGGCUACUCCGACGUCAUCCCAGUCUUGGAGCAGAUCCAUUCUCUCCCUCCUCUGCGAUCACACUCGACAUAUGCACCUGUGUACGCGUCUAAUGGAGCCCUAGCCCAUGUGCCGUUGGGCCCGAUGCACAACGCUCUACUUGACCCGCGCAGUCAGGUGGACCUUAACUCACGGGUUGAUCAACUCACACAGAUGGACCUUAACUCACGGGUUGAUGAUUGGACAGCUACUCAGGGCACCCAAGGGGAUCGACCCUUGGGAACCGAGGAAGGAGUUAGCCAGUCACGCUCGAGACACCAAAGACGUCGACCUGAGCGACCAUCCUUGCAGGCAGAAGAUGAUGAUCGACGCCCACCAACCUGCUCGAGGACCAACACGCGGCGACAAGAUGUAGAGGAAUCCUCACAAGCUCAAUCUUCUAAUCUGCCCCACGGGCAGAACACCCAAGGGGAUCGACCCUUGGGAACCGAGGAAGAAGUUAGCCGGUCGCGCUCGAGGCACCAAAGACGCCGGCCCGAGACUCCAGUCCUGCGAGCAGAGGACGUCGAGAAGCUAGUAAAUGACCGACUCCAAGCUCUCCAACUUAAAGGAAGCGCGGGGGAGGCCCUGCACAAGGAGAUUGAUCGAGUUGACUGCUCACCCUUUACUGACAAAGUGGAACGAGCUCCUCCACCGAAGCGGUUCACAACGCCAUCCAUCACUCCAUUCAAGGGAGACUCUGACCCUGAGAGCCAUUUGAGGCACUUCAAGAGCGUCAUGAUCCUGUACAAGGCAGACGAUGCCCUGAUGUGCAAAGUGUUCGCGAUGACCCUGCGAGGAGCAGCUCAAGACUGGUUCCACACUCUACCGUCCGCGUCGAUAGGAAACUUCAAGGAGUUGGCCUUCAUCUUCACAAAGGAGUACACCUCCUACAAGACGGUCAGAAAGCAUGCAGACCAUCUGUUCAACCUGCGCAAGAAACCAGACGAGUCUCUACGAGACUACCUGAGACGGUUUAAGGCUGAAAAGGCUAACAUCAUAGGAUGCAAUGACCAAGUUGCAUCCUCAGCUUUCAAGAAGGGCUUGCCAACCGAGCACGAGCUAUACCGGGAACUGGCCAUAACACCAAGUCAAACCUUGGCAGAAGUGUUCGCGACGGCAGAACGCUACACACUUUGGGACGAUGAUCGAAUCGCCGCAAAGAAAGCCAGCAAGCAAGUUGAUCACCCGACGAAGCAGGCAAGCCAAAAGAGCAACCAGUUCGAGCAAAAAGCCCGAGAUAAGCGCAGAUCGCGGCCCCGAGAGGGAAGCUCAGAAACAGGGACCUUCACUGAGUUCGCUAUCCCAAUUCAUCAGAUCCUGGCUCAAGUGAAAGACAAGCCGCAUCUUGAGGAGCUGGUCAGAGGAGGUCAUUGCACAGAAUUCGUCGCAAAGAAGGCCAUUCAGCAGAUCGAGGAUCGUGAUGCGGCUGCCAAGGAGCCUCCCCAAAAGGUCAUUCGAAUCAACACCAUUCUAGCUGACUCCCGGGAGUCUGGGCUGACCACCAAAGAGCGCAAGAGGAAGAUCGCGCAGGCGGCUUAUGUCUCCCAAGUCACAACAGGAGUACCAGUCAUUGUGGAUACACCCAUCAUUGGUUUCCAGAAGAAGGACUUGAUCGCGCUUGACCUACCGCAUAAUGAUGCGCUAGUCAUCUGCAUUCAAAUUGAACAAGCUGUGAUCGAGCGAAUUCAUGUGGAUGAGGGCAGCGCAGCUAACAUCCUGCAACUAUCUGUCAUCCAACAGAUGGGAUUGGAGCCCAAGAUUAGCAAACUUGCCAGGUCGCUUACCGGCUUCAAUGGGGCCACAUCAAUCACUAUUGGAACGAUCGACCUUGACGUCCACUCACCCCCAGUGCUCUGCUCGCAAACCUUCAUGGUCAUCAACGAGAUCUCCCCCUACAAUGGAAUAUUGGGCCGACCGUGGAUCAGCAAAAUCGAGGCCAUCACAUCUGCUCUGCAUCAGAAGAUUCGAUACCCCAUCCCUGGAGGCGGAAUCGGGCAGAUCAAUAGUGACCAAGCCAUGGCAAGAAGAUGCACAGCCCAAGGGCUCAAGAAGAGCAAGCAGUUGCAGUUCACACCAGUAAUGCAAGCUGCUACCGAGGCACAAAGCGUUCCCAGCAAACAAGCAAGCUCGAGCGAGAAGGGAGCUGUUACCCCACAAUAG